AUGACAUUAAAAGCAUUGAAAGUAUGUGAAAAUCUUUAUUGGGUUGGGGCUCUUGAUAACGACUUAAGAGUCUUUGAUAUUAUUAUGUCAACACCAUAUGGAACAUCAUAUAAUUCAUUUUUAUUAACAACAAGUGAAGGGAAUAUUUUAUUUGAAACUGUUAAAGAGAAUUUUGCACAAGAAUGUCUUAGUCGUGUUGCUGAUGUGAUUGGAGAAUCUGGUAAAAUUGAUUACAUUGUCUGUAAUCAUACAGAACCAGAUCAUAGUGGUUCAUUAGUUCAUAUAUUAGAAAAAUUUCCACAGGCUACUGUUAUUGCUACAUUUGCUGCACUAACAAAUAUUAAAUAUAUUGGACAUAUUACAAAGAAAACUAAAACUAUUGAUAGUACAAAAAAUAAACAAUUCAAAUUAGGACAAUAUACUCUUAAUUUCUUUAUUCAACCAUUUUUACAUUGGCCAGAUACUAUGAUGACUGUUAUCCCUGAAUUAAAAGUUCUCCUUCCGUGUGAUGUUUUUGGUGCUCACUGUGCAGAUCCAAGAGUAUUUAAUGAUGAAAUGAUGGAUAGAAUUAAGGAUCUUGAGGAUGCAUAUAAACACUAUUUUGAUUGUAUCUUUGGGCCAUAUACUUCAUUUGUUCUUAAAGGAAUUAACAUACUUGAAAAUAAUAUUGGAUUUCCAGUUGAUGAACUUAAAGCUAUUUGUUGUAGUCAUGGACCAGUAUUAAGAACAAACAUUAAAGAAAAUAUUGAAAGAUAUAAAAAUUGGUCACAACCAAAAGUAUUAAAAGACCGUGUUAUUAUUGCCUAUGGAUCAGCUUAUGGAUAUACUGAAAUGAUGGCAGAAAAAAUUGCAGAAGGAGUUAAGUCAGUUGGAGUAGAAGUCAUUAUGCAUAAUAUUGUUACGUCAUCUGUUGACGCUAUCUUAAAAGACUUUGAAAAUUCUAAAGGGUUAUUGUUAGGAACUCCAACACUUGUUGGUGAAGCACUUCCACAAAUGUACAUUAUUCUUGCUCAUUUAAAUCCAAUUAUUCAUUGCAGUAGAUACGUUCAAUGUUUUGGAACUUAUGGGUGGAGUUGUGAAGGAGUAAGAAAUUUAUCAGUAAGGAUUGACCAAUUAAUGGUAAGAAGACCUGUCCAACCUUUAUCUUUUAGAUUUAAACCUACUGAAGAGAAUCUUAAAGAAUGUUUCGAGUGGGGAAAAACUUUUGCUACUGCAUUAUUACAAAACAAAGAAUUUGUUUCUGAGUAA